UUACGACGUCCGACUUCGACCUCAUCUCAGCAAUCGACGCUCGUCCAACUAAUUACCCAGGUCGUCGUAUUUUUGCCUUAUGGUCGUCUUGGGAGUCUUCAAUACCAUGCAUCAUUUUUUACGAGAAAAUGUCCGCAGACCUGUUUGCUGAGUUCAACAGCCCACCGAGCGAUCAGGCGCAGCAGCAGAAACAGCAGAGCUCAGACAAUAGCUCCCACUGCUUGCAUCAGACGCAGGCUUGGGGCAACCUCCCUACCCAGGGAGGCACCGGAUGGGGGGCCGCUCCAGCUGCGCAAGCGAGCACCCAGCCUGCGGCUGCAGAAGACGAUGAUGAUGGUUGGGGUGACUUUGAGACGGCAGACAGCAGCGUGAAUAAGUCUUCAGCAACGCAGCUUGCCGGGCUGGGGGCCUCGCCGGUAACCUCGCAGAUAUCGUCGCAGUUCAGUGGAUUGAAGACGCAGGCGCAGGCUUCUCCGUCAGUUUCACAGGCAGACCCGUGGGAAGCGUUUGAGAAGCCGUCCCUUUCGACAAGUCAAACUACGCAACAGCGUACGUUAGACAAUGCUCCCAAUGCAGCCUCCUUGAAAAGCAUUGGCGAGCCUCGACUUGUGCGCGCCGACACCAUGGACAUUAUCAACGAUAACCUUGUUGAUGUCGGUAAACAUGGAAAAGCCAAAGAUACAAAACCGAAGCUCAAACAGCCCUCUAAUCCGAAUGUCAUGUUCGAUGCCGAGGACUUUGAGCUGGAAGGUGGCGACGAGGAUGAUGAGGAUGAUUUUGAUGAGGACGACGACUUUGGCGAUUUCGAGACUGUCCCGACCACGCAGCCCAAGGCGGCGCCAGCUCUCGUUGAAUCGAGGCCAAAGGCUCCUGCGCCGCAGGUCUCACAGCCACCCUCCAUGGAUCUAUUGUCACUGGAAGACCCACCGUCAUACGCAGAGGCGACGCCAGUGAAGCCAUCAACGCCGCAUGGCUUCGGCGCAACAGCAAAGGCUCAGACACAAGAGAAGGCGAGACCACAGAAACCGUUGGCGGCAAACAAGCCAAGCAGACUAAAAGAGGCAACGCUCGUUGAUGAUGACGAUGACCAGUGGAACGCGUGGGACGAUUUUGAAUCCAAACCAGCUCCUAGCAUCACGAAACCAACUCCCGCCCCUACCACUGACAACUGGGAACGGGACUCCAAACCGUCGCCACAGCCAUCUCAGCCAGCAGCAGCAGACGACGAUCAACCACCGCCGAUGAACGUGCCGCCUCCUUCGGUCCUUCUUUCUGCCUUCCCCGGCCUCUUCAAAGCUGGCGAUACUCUGUUCAAACCUACGGCAGGACAGACAGCGUCCAUCAAGGAGCGCGUUCUCUCGGAUCCCAAGGCAGCAGACUUUCUGCGCGGGUACAUCAUGAUCGCCACGACAGCCGGACGUGUGAUUGCUGGACGGAAGCACCGAUGGCACAGGGACAAGAUAUUGGCCAAGAGCAUGUCCAUCUCCGUCGCGGGGAGCAAGGGCAUGAAGCUCGCCGGUGUCGACAAGACACAAAGCGUCAGGGAAGAUCGCGACGCGGCCGACGUGGCGGCCGCAUGGCGCGAGUACGUGGGGAGACUACGAUCGGCCGUGGCGGCCACCAACAGCUCGGGCAAGACGUCGUCUCUCAGGGUCCCCGAGAUCAGCGAGAACAUGCAGAUCCAGACGGCCAAGCUCGUGCCCACGGCGCCCAAGCCAUGCGUCAUCUGCGGCCUCAAGAGGGAUGAACGGGUCGCCAAGGUCGACUAUGAUGUCGAGGACAGCUUUGGCGAGUGGUGGGUGGAGCACUGGGGUCAUCGCGCGUGCAAGAACUUCUGGGUCGAGCACGAGCAGGCCCUGCGGCAGAGGUGACUUUGGCUACUUUGCGUUAUUGCGGCAUGGUUGUGCUUGGUGAUAUCAGCCCAAUGGUACCCCAGCGUGCGGUUGCAUGAGGGACGCGCCGCGAUGCUAUGUGACUUGGUGGCACUGCAGCGCCAGGGCAUUCAUUGUGUGCAGGGUGCCGCAUAGAACAGCUGGCCAUGGUUGGUGACGGACAUGUCCUCGAUACCUGAUACACCCCGAAUUGUUCAAUGCAAACAGCGCAAGUAGUCUCCCGUCACGGAGGAGGCGUCACUGCUUGACCGGCACAUGAGCAACCCCCGUCCCCAAGAGUGUGAUUAUGCAGGCAAUUGGCUCAAGUGAUUCCUAGGCUGGGACCUAUCUAGACUACUACA